AGCAUUGGAAUACUUUUCAAACGAGACCUUUUUCAAAAAUGCUUUCGGCAAAAAAAUGGACAUGUUAUUAAAGGCCAGCCGGCUGACAACCCUGUCAUCGGUUAUCAAGCCAGUUACUCCAAAGUGCACCAUCACGUCGCUGCCAACUAUUUUCGGUCGCAUCUUCAGGCGCUUCUACGCGGUCAAUACUAAUCCCAGCAAGAUCAUGGUGGUCACACACAAUGUUAAGGGUUACGAGGAGUUCUCCAAGAAGAUGGAGGAGCUGGAGAACGGAAACGAGGCGGUCCAUGUCCUCUUCAGUGGCGGAAAGGACGAGCAUGGCCAGAGCUGGUGCCCCUACUGCGUCAAGGCGGAGCCGGUGAUACACGAUGCUUUGAAGAAGGCCCCUGGCAACUCCCACUUUGUGCAUGUGGAUGUGGGCGAGCGGGCAUACUGGAAGGACUUGAACUGUCCCUUCCGCAAGGAUCCCAACACCCACCUGAUCUUCUUGCCCACUCUGCUGCGCUGGAAGCAGCCACAGCGUUUGGAUGGCGAACGUUGCUCCAAUCAGGAUCUCGUGGAGAUGAUGUUCGAAGAUGAGGAUUAAGUCUUAACCCCGGGCAGAUUUACUUACACAUAUAUUUUGGAACUUUACUCAAGUUGGAAUACACAGAAGUCUACACACAUUCAAUUAAAGCAUCUCUCAGUAA